GGCAGGUGAGUUGCCAGGUCUCCCGGCUCCAAUCACUCCUCCCUCUGGAGACACUGAGCAUGGGGGGAAAGCCGGCUGGGGAGGAGGCCUACGGGAAGCCAGUCAAACACGACCCUUCCUUCCGAGGCCCCAUCAAGAGCAGGGGCUGCACCGAUGUCAUCUGCUGUGUCCUCUUCCUUCUCUUCCUCCUGGGCUACACUGCGCUGGGCGUCGUGGCGUGGGUGUAUGGAGACCCCCGGCAAGUCCUCUACCCCAGGAACUCCACCGGGGCCUACUGCGGCAUGGGGGCCAACAAAGAUAAACCCUAUCUCCUGUACUUCAACAUCUUCAGCUGUGCCCUGGCCACCAACAUCAUCUCGGUCGCUGAGCACGGCCUGCAGUGCCCCACGCCCCAGGUGUGUGUGUCCUCCUGUCCAGAGGCCCUCUGGGUCGUGAAUCAGGGUGAGCUCUCACUGACGGUCGGGGAGGUCUUCUACGCUGCAAACCGGACUGUCUGUCGGCCAGGGGUGCCCUGGGACAUGCCAGUACUCCAAAGCCUGGAACAAGACCUCUGCCCCAGCUUCCUCCUCCCCUCCACUUCAGCUCUGGGGCGCUGUGUUCCAUACCCCAAUAGUACACAGUUCGAGUUCCCAGGGAUCCCUGGCAACACCUCCAUCAACCAGGGGAUCAGUGGUCUUCUGGACAGCCUCAAUGCCCGCGACAUCAGCGUCAAGAUCUUUGAAGACUUAGCCCAGUCCUGGCACUGGAUUCUUGUAGCCCUGGGCGUGGCUCUGGUCCUGAGCCUGCUGUUUCUCCUGCUGCUUCGCCUGGUGGCCGGGCCCCUGGUGCUGGUCCUGAUCCUCGGGGUGCUGGGGGUGCUGGCAUAUGGCAUCUACCACUGCUGGAAGGAGUACCAGGUGCUGCGGGACCGGGAUGCCUCCAUCACCCAGCUGGGCUUCACCACCAACCUCAGCGCCUACCGCAGUGUUCAGGAGACCUGGCUGGCUGCCCUGAUCGUGCUGGCCGUGCUUGAAGGCCUCCUGCUGCUCAUGCUCAUCUUCCUGCGGCAGCGGAUCCGCAUCGCCAUCGCCCUCCUGACGGAGGCCAGCAAGGCUGUGGGACAGAUGAUGUCCACUAUGUUCUACCCGCUGGUCACCUUUGUCCUCCUGCUCAUCUGCAUUGCCUACUGGGCCAUGACUGCCCUGUACCUGGCCACCUCAGGACAACCUCAGUACGUCUUCUGGGCACCCAACACCAGCUUCCCCAGCUGUGAGGCCGCGCCAGUGAACGCAUCGUGCGACCCCAUGGCUCAGCCCACGAACUCCUCGUGCCCCGGACUGAUGUGCGUCUUCCAGGGCUACUUGUCCACAGGCCCGGUGCAGCGAUCUCUCUUCAACUUGCAAAUCUACGGGGUCCUGGGGCUAUUCUGGACCCUCAACUGGGUCCUGGCUCUGGGCCAGUGUGUCUUGGCUGGGGCCUUUGCCUCCUUCUACUGGGCCUUCCACAAGCCCCGGGAUAUCCCCACCUUUCCCCUGGGCGCUGCCUUCCUCCGCUGCAACGCGGGCAUCUGGGGCCGUUACCACACCGGGUCGCUGGCCUUUGGGGCCCUCAUCCUGACGCUGGUGCAGAUAGCGCGGGUCAUCUUGGAGUACAUUGACCACAAGCUGAGAGUCGCCCAGAACCCCGUGGCCCGCUGCAUCAUGUGCUGCUUCAAGUGCUGCCUCUGGUGCCUGGAGAAGUUCAUCAAGUUCCUGAACCGCAACGCGCAAGGGGAAGAAGCCCUGAGCCGGCGCCGCCCCGCGCAGCCUCCCGGCCUCCCCUCCGCUCAGACCCUGAUUUUGUAG